CUCAAUCUUCUCUAUUUAUUUGUUGAUCUGUCUAAAGAAGUUAUCAAGACGCUCCUCCAAACUGAAACCAUUCUAACUUCACCAAUUCCCAAAUUCGACAUCACAAUGGCCUCGAAAUACACUUGCAGGUGGGGUAUCCUCGCAACAGGAGGAAUCGCAACCACUUUCACAAAAGACAUGCUGACCAAUCCUGCAACUCGUGACGUGCACGAUGUCCACCACGUCCUCGCAGCCGCCGCAUCCUCCUCCUCCAAGUCACGGGCUGAAGCCUUCAUCAAAGAUGUCGACGGUCCCAGCACAGCUAAAGCCUACGGCUCCUACCACGAGCUCGUUAAAGACCCCGACGUCGACAUCAUCUACGUCGCCACGCCCCAUUCCCACCAUUUCCAGAACACAAUGUUGGCUUUGGAGCAUGGAAAGCAUGUUCUCUGUGAGAAGGCAUUCACGGUCAACGCGGAGCAAGCGAAGAAACUUGUUGAGACGGCGAGGGAGAAAAAGUUAUUUUUGAUGGAGGCGGUGUGGACGAGAUACUUCCCUCUCAGUAUCAAGAUCCGGGAGCUGGUGAAGUCGGGCGCGAUUGGGAAAGUUCAUAGGGUCACAGCAGACCUUUCGAUAGCCACCGCCAAUGAGGAUGGAGGGUUGAAUUUCCCUGAUAGCAGCAGGAUGGUUAAUAUGGACCUUGCUGGAGGUGCACUGUUGGACUUGGGGAUUUACUCUUUGACGUGGGUGUAUCAGAUUUUAUAUCAUUGUCAGGAGGGGAAGAGGGAGCGGCCGACGGUUCUGGCGGCUGUGCAGAAGUAUAAGACCGGUGCGGAUGAGCUGACGAGUGUUUUGCUGAAUUGGCCGGGGCAGAACACUCAGGGCUUCGCGAGCACGAGUUUGAGGGUGGCGACUCAGCCUGAUGGAGAGGGCUCACCUGCUGCAGGACCAGCGGCUAGGAUCCAGGGGACGAAGGGCGAGAUUCAAGUUUUUGGGCCGAUUUUUAGACCACAACUGUAUCGGGUCAUCAAAGUUGGUGGGAAGAGGGGUGAUGUUGAGGACGUUCAUUGUCCGAUUCCUAAAGAUAAGGAGAGGAAGGGAAAGGGGGAUGAGGGUGUGGGACAUGGCAUGUUCUGGGAGGCAGAUGAGGCGGCGAGGUGCUUGAGGGAUGGAAAGCUUGAGAGUGAUACUUUAAACUGGGAAGAAAGCAUUGCGAUCAUGGAGGCGAUGGAUGAGGUCAGAAAGCAGGGUGGUCUCGUUUAUCCUGAGCUCAUCGAGACUGCUGUGUAUGAUGAAAAUAGUCCUCUAAACGGGGGGCAGUAGGAAUAGAAACCGAAAGGUUUCAAGACGUGGUUGUUCAAUGUACUUUAUGAACUAUGACAUUGAAAGUGUAGAGGUCACAGGAAAUCCCAAUACAUUCGAGGUGAUGUAAGUCUCCAGAU